AUGUUGAAACCUAAAAGUUCAAUUUUCAAAUUGUCCAAGACGGUCAAUUCUACAAUCAUAAGCUUAAUAGGCUCGAUCUUUGCCUUUGUGUUAUUAUUCCGUUUCAUCAAUUCUACAUCAAACCUUUUCAAUUUCAAUUCUUUAUUUGCCAAUAAUAAUAAUUUUUUCUUAAAUUACAACAACUAUAUCCCCAAUUUCAAAAACACUCCAGGCGUCCAUUUUUAUGAUUUGAACAAUUACAGAGGUAAUUCAGAUGGUUGGCAACGCAACGACCGUAUCUUGUUCUGUGUUCCCUUAAGAGACGCUGCUCAACAUUUACCAAGAUUCUUUAACCAUUUGAAUACAAUGACUUAUCCACAUAAUUUGAUUGAUCUGUCCUUUUUGGUGUCGGAUUCGAAAGACGAUACCAUGGGGGUUCUAUUGUCACAUUUGCAAACUGCACAAUCUCAACAGAAUAAGUUGAAAAGAUUUGGUAACAUUGAAAUCUAUGAAAAGGAUUUCGGCCAAAUCAUUGGUCAAUCCUUUUCUGAUAGACAUGGGUUUGCUGCACAAGGUCCAAGAAGAAAAUUAAUGGCAAGAGCAAGAAAUUGGUUGGGUUCUGUUGCUUUGAAACCUUAUCAUUCUUGGGUCUAUUGGAGAGAUGUCGAUGUAGAGACUUGUCCUGUGACCAUCAUGGAAGAUUUGAUGCAUCAUGGUAAAGAUGUCAUCGUGCCAAACGUUUGGAGACCUUUACCUGAUUGGUUAGGUAAUAUUCAACCUUAUGAUUUGAAUUCAUGGCAAGAAUCCGAAGGUGGGCUACAAUUGGCAGAUUCUCUGGAUGAAGAUGCGGUCAUCGUCGAAGGUUAUCCAGAAUAUGCCACUUGGAGACCACAUUUAGCCUAUAUGAGAGACCCCAAUGGUGAUCCUGAAGAGGAAAUGGAAUUGGACGGGAUCGGUGGUGUUUCUAUUCUAUCCAAGGCUAAAGUGUUUAGAUCAGGUUCACAUUUCCCUGCUUUUUCAUUUGAAAAACAUGCUGAAACUGAAGCCUUUGGUAAACUAUCAAGAAGAAUGAAUUAUAACGUCGUUGGGUUGCCUCAUUAUGUCGUAUGGCAUAUCUAUGAACCAUCGACUGAAGAUUUAAAACAUAUGGCUUGGAUGGCUGAAGAGGAAAAAAGAAAAUUAGAAGAAUCCAAGAUUAAAGAAUUUUAUGAUAAAAUUUGGGAAAUUGGGUUUGAUGAUAUUAGAGAUGAUUGGAGAAGUGAAAGAGAUUCGAUCUUCAACAAGAUUGAUUUAUCGUUCAAAAAACCUAUUGGUGAAACAGAUGCCGAUGAUAUUAGUGAUUGGUAUGACGAUCCAGAAGAAAAAGCUGCACAAGCCGCACAUGCCCAAGCACAAGCCGCACAGGCCCAAGCCCAAGCUGCUCAAGCCCAAGCACAAGCCGCACAGGCUCAAGCCCAACAGCAACCUCAACAACCUGCGGCUCCAGCUCAAGGUGCUCCAGCUCCAGCUCAAGUACCUAUUGCUGAUGUUGCUGCUGUUGCUGCUGUUCAACCGCCUGCUAAACCUGCACAACCAGCUGCUAAUCCUGCUGAUAACAACGUUCCUCUUGCAGCAGCAGCUCCUAUUGAAGAUGCUAAUCAACAACAAUUGCAAGCUGCUCAACAAGCUGCUCAACAACAACAAGCUGCGCAAAUCCAAGAUCAACAGAAACCUGUUGAUUUCAACCCAGAUGUGAAUUAA